GCAUGGCACGGUCAAUGCAUCGAACAAGGCCGGAAGGAAGAAACGGCAAAUGCCGAUCACGUGCGAAGUUGAACUUGUAGUUUCAGGUUCGGCUCACACACCCAGACUCCCUCGUUCCUCGAUGCCCUCUCCGUUCUCUACAUGGACGUCAACUGACUACACUCCGUGCUCCGCCGGCAACUGCGACACCGCAAAAUGGACACCGCGACACGCUGCUGUUCCGGACUUAUCACCGCACCGCUCCAGCCCGCCGACUAACGCCUUGAAACUCGAUAUAAGUGAAGCACUCUCGCACGGCUUCCCCCAUAGUUUGUCUUUCCCCUCUUCUUCUUCUUUUCUCUUCUUUCCUCUCUUCGGGUUCUUCGUCGUCUGCCAUGGCUCAACUCACCUAUGUCCCCACUGCUAUCGAGGACGAUACGCGCCUCGCACCCCUCGUCGAGGACGCGUUUUUCCUCCCCACUAACAGGGAUAUUGACGCUUAUAUGCGUCCGGACCAGGAUGCGACAGCAACAUACGUUUGCGGCGCAUCCUUAGGACCCUUUCCCAAGCGCAGCAAGAGGCGACUAGAUGAAGAACUGAAUGUCUGGCAAAAACAGGUCGUGAUUGGUCACUUCAACCACCCAUUAGGGCGCCCAUGGAAGCGGUACACCGAGAACGUCGUGCCCCUCAUGGCGGAGGUCGUCGGCGCGAAGGAGGGCGAGGUCGCGAUCAUGUCGGGCCUCACCCAAAACCUGCACACCAUGCUCGACCUCUUCUACCGCCCGACCGCAAACCGGUACAAGAUCCUCUGCGAGGCGAACGCGUUCCCGUCCGACCAGUACGCGAUGGCGAGCAAGGUCCGCUCGCACGGGCUCGACCCGAAGGCGGUCAUCCACGAGGUGCACCCGCGCCCGGGGGAGUACGCGGUGACGGAGGCGGAUAUUUAUGACGCGAUUGAGAAGGAGGGCGACAGGAUUGCCAUCGUUCUCUUCGCGGGCGUGCACUAUUGGACUGGCCAGCUUUUCCCGAUUAAGGAGAUUACGGCCGCGGCACAUGAGAAGGGCUGCAUCGUUGGUUGGGACUUGGCACACGCGGCGGGCAACGUCACGCUCUCGUUACAUGACUGGGGCGUCGACUUCGCCGUCUGGUGCAACUACAAGUUCCUCAACGCAGGUCCUGGAUCCGUUGGCGCACUAUUUAUGCACGAGAAGUGGAAUGAGGAGAAGACACCAAGAGCAGCUGGGUGGUGGGGCCACAAGAUUGAGACGCGCUUCCAGUUCCUGCCGGACUUCGACCCGACAGUCGGCGCGCAGGGCUUGCAACUCUCCAACACCGACGUCCUCUCGACCGCGCUUGUCUGGGGUGCGCUCGAGACGCUCAAGGACGCCGGCAUGAUGAAGCCCGUCCGCGAACGCUCCAUCCAGCUCACCGGCAUGCUCCAGGACCUAGUCAUGCAGAGCAAGUACUACGUCCCGCUGGAGCAGGCGCACCGCCGAACGACACCCGGCUUCACCAUUGUCACGCCGCUGGAGGCGCACCGCCGCGGCGCACAACUCAGCCUGCUCUUCCUCCCGACAGGGCAGGGCGUGAUGCAGAAGAUCUACGAGGCGAUGAAGAGCUUCGGCGUCAUCGCGGACGAGAGGCCGCCCGACCUCUACCGCAUCGUGCCGAACCCGCUCUACAACUCCUCGGACGACAUGCACCGGGUAGCGGAAUGCCUCGAGACUUCGUUCAAGUACAUGGAACCUCGGGCGAAGCUAUAGGUUCCGGUCGUUUCGUUGUCUUGUUUGCAUCUCGGUCCUCACUGUGUCACCCCCUCCCCUUCCCCUCCUUCGUGCACCAUCGCCACUGCCUUUCAUGUGUAACGGACUAUCGCAAUCUCUCCCCUUUGCUUUCCUCUUUUUAUCUAUCUACCUCGUCGUCCCUUGCUGUUGCUGCGCACACAC